AUGGAGGUUAUGGGUUUUGAUGAACGGUGGAUUAAGCUAAUAAUGACAUGUGUCACCACGGUGUCGUAUAAUGUUAUGGUAAAUGGCGUGAGUGGUGGCCGUGUUCAACCAACAAGGGGCCUCAGACAGGGAGAUCCGCUUCCUCCAUUCUUAUUCAUUAUUUGCGUUGAAGGAUUGUCUAUGCUUUUACAGAAAGCGCUGAUAGCAGGGUCUAUUCAUAGGUGCAGGGUGGCUAGGGGGGCACCUCCUAUCUCACAUCUGUUCUUUGCGGAUGAUAGUUUGCUGUUCUUUAAAGCAAAUAUUCAAGAGGCUAGUGUGGUGAAACAAUGUUUAGCAAGAUACGAGGAGUUGUCUGGUCAGUUGGUGAACUAUCAUAAAUCAAAUAUUUGUUUUAGUAGAAAUACUGGGGAGGCUAUGAGGGAGGAGGUGGCGGCGUGUUUGGGCGUGGAUCAGGCGCGGAAUUUUGGGAAAUAUCUGGGGCUACCUUCUUUUAUAGGGAGGAAUAAAAGAGUUGUGUUCUCAUAUGUGGAGGACAAAAUCAGGCAGAGAGUGACUUCGUGGAAUAAGAAAUUGCUAUUGCAGGCUGGUAAAAAAGUUUUCUUGAAAAGUGUGGCCCAAUCUAUGCCAACUUUUUCAAUGAGUGUUUUUUUUGCUCCCCGAAUCGGUCUGCAUAUCUAUACAGAGAACAAUGAACAGGAUCUACGGGCAUUCAAUCUUGCAAUGCUGGGAAAACAAGCGUGGUGUUUUCUUACUGAUCCAGGAUCCCUCGCAGCAAGGGUGUAUAAAGCACGGUAUUACCCUAAAACCUCUGUUGAUGCAACGAUAUGA